UGGAAUGAAAUGCUCAUUGGAGAUUUUCCUCCACCAAUUUAUACUUCUCCAAUGGGUCAAGCAACAGCUGUUACUAUUCAUGCAUUUCCUCUGUCCGAAGCAAUUAUGGGUGUUGUAGCAGCACACGAAGACCCAAAAAUUCUAAGGAAAGAAGCCCUGACUGUUAAUUCACUCACAAUGGAUUAUAAUGAACCAAUGGAUGCUAUUGGAGAAGCAACAUCGAUUGAAGCUUCUGUGGAGCCUGGAAAAGAGGAAGAUUUGAUAACAGCUCGAAUGGAUUUAGACACUCUCGAAACAGAAGAAAAGAAAAAACAAACAAAGAAAGCACUUGGGGAAAUUGAUUUGGAUAGCAUUGCACUAUUCGUUUAUAUGCAACAAGCAGAAUCAGAAGAAUGGCAUCGACGAAAUGCAGAUUUUCAGUCAACGGUUGAACAAAUUAAUGACCUCUAUAGAUGUAUAAUAAAAUCGCCAAAUAAGAGUCUUUUACAAGAGAUUUUCCCCUAUUUAUGGGAAGCGGAAGGCCUUUUCUCAAUUCUUUGUGCAUUGCUUGAAUGGAUGCUUAACGGAAAUUUGAUUUUAUCACCUAGUGAAACAUUUAAUUCUACUGGAUCAGUUGAACUUGAUUUUGAUUUGGAGCCUUGGGCUCUAAGUGGUGGUCUUUUACCUGAUUUACAGAAAUUAAUUGCUGCUUCCCCCAAACUGGCAGAAUUGUUUACAAUAAAAUUUCCUAUUCCUCUAAGCUUAACAUGUUAUCGAAGUCGGCCAUUGAAUUUUUUGAAUUCCAAACUCUAUGCUAUUUUUGCGCAUCCAGAUGAAAGGCUUUUAGCAGAAACUAUAGUUUCAGCCAUUCCGGAUCUUUCUGCCGAAACAUAUUUCUUUGAUCGAACAUUUGCACUUUUCUCAAAUGUGGAAUACCUGCUCACAAUUUUAUUGCUGAAUCGGCUCAAGAAAAUGAUUUUGGUUAUGGAAAUUUGUUGGAAGAUAAAGAAGGUUGUACAGAUGAUUGGCAUGAUUCUGGUUAUUCAAUUCAAGAAGGUUUUUGCAACAAAAUUUUGGAAACAAGGGAGUAUAAUAGAAAAUUUAAUUGGAGUUAUUGGAGAAUUGUCAAAACAAGAAGAAGCAAAAAUAUUGCAAAGAGGAAUUAAUGAUUUUUCUGUAAUGUUUAGUGUUCGAAAGAAAAGGGCCCAACUUUGGCUUGGACCCGCAGCUUAUAUUAAUCAUGAUUGUAAUGCAAAUUGUAAAUUUAUUCCUGGACCACAAGAACAUACAGCGAUAAUUAAAGUUUUGCGUGAUAUCCAAACUGGAGAUGAAAUAACUUGUUAUUAUGGAGCAAAUUUUUUUGGAGAUGGAAAUUUGCGUUGUGAAUGUUCUACUUGUGAGAGGGAAGGAACAGGAUUAUUUUCAUUUCGUCAAAAUGCAAAUAUUGAGGAGGAAGAAGAAGAAAAACAUCCUCAUUCUGAAGAAAAAAAUGAAGAAGAAAAAAAUAAAUAUAAAUUAAGAGAUACAGAUUAUCGAACAUUUAGAGCUAAAGCGACGGCAGAAAAAGGAAAUAACAACAAUAAUGAACCUCUCAUUUCCUCAUAUUUUAGCCAUAGAGGAAUUAGCGCGUUAACAAAUUUUUCUGCUGUUCCAACAAUUGAAGAGAGAAGAGAAGCACAAAAAUACUUGAUUGAAAUGUUAAACCGUAGAAGUCUUCGAACAUCAUCUCUAACUCCAACAAAAUGGGCAAAUACACCCCCAUUAUCAAUUCAAAAAGCUUGUAAUACUUCUCCCGAAUCAUUUUCUAAAUUAACAAGAAAUGGAAAUUUACCUGUUUGGAGAAGACCACAAAUUCAAAGAGAGCAGGCUGUACAUAAUCGUUUUAAGUAA